AUGCUGCGUUCAACGUUCAUAUUAUAUGCGCUAUGGGCCUCCGUGGCGACAGCUGCUUCCGUGCCUAAAGACCUUACGGCAUGUGUGCAGAAGGCCUUCGCGACAUCGGACCCUGAUAAGAGGAUUGUAUCCCCUGGCGAUGCAACGUACACUGAUGCACGAUUGGGAGAAAAGAUCCAAUUCGACGAGUUUCCAGCUUUAAUUGCGUACGCCAAAGAUGUGUCGGAGGUCGGCCCUCUUGUCAAAUGUGCGCUCAAGUCAGGCUACAAGCCCGUGCCCCGAGCCGGAGGACACCAUUUCCUUGCUUAUUCCGCUCUAAACAACUCUCUCCUUAUCGAUCUCGCACACGUCAACCACGUAAUAGUCUCAGCCGACAAGAAGACCGCGGCCGUGGGCGGCGGCAUCCGCCUCGGUGCGCUGUACACCGCUCUCGACGCCUAUGGCGCCACCUUUGUGGGCGGGAUAUGCCCAACCGUCGGCUUGGGCGGUCUCAUAUCCGCCGGUGGCUUUAACAUGCAGAUGCGGGCGCUGGGCAUGUCCGCAGACCACGUCGCCUCCGCGAAAGUGGUACUGGCUGACGGCACGACUGUCGUCGCCUCUCUCUCAUCCCACCCCGACCUCUUCUGGGCCAUCCGCGGCGGCGGUGGCGCCACAUACGGCAUCGUCGUCGAGUACACACUUAAGCUGAGCACCUUCCCCCGCUCCGCCAUGCUGUACCUCGCCUGGAACGAGACCGGGAACGUGCGCUACGACGUCGCGAAGCGCUUCCUGGCGUGGGGUCCCGCCCAACCCAAGGAAUUCACCUCGCAGGUCAACGUGUACAAGAAUACCGUCUCAGUCGUUGGAUGGUAUCUCGGCGGCACCGUGCAGGAGCUCGGGGCGAUAGUGAACGCGUCCGGGCUGCUCGAGAUCGGUAGCCCGCAGGUCGUGGUAUCCGGCGGCUGCAGCACGGACAACUCGCGCAUCUUCGGGUACACGGCCUUUGAAUGCCUUCCGGACGAUCAGGUGGACGCUUCCAUCAUGAAUGUCGUCCCGGAGCCGUAUGAUCAGUUCGAAAACAACGCGCAGUUCAAGUAUGAGGAGGUGCCCAAGUCGAGCACACGCGCUCAGGCGUGGCCGUGGGAGCGCUUCCGGCGCAUGACCAAGUCGUUUUUUGUGCAGAAGAGCAGGCCGGUCACGGAUGAUGUUGUGAAGGAGUUGGUGGACCGUAUUGGCCAGCUUGACGACGCGUCUGAGGCGUGGGGCGAAUGGCAUGCGUGGAACCUGUCCAGCUCUAGCACCGGCGGCGCGUUCGCCUGGCGCGAGCAGGCGCUUGCGCAUCUGGAGUUCAUCGUUACGGGCUCGGAAGACGCGGCGACGGCGAAGAGAUAUGAGCAGUGGUUUACUAGCCUGGAGGGAUUGCUGAGACCUGCCGUUGGGCCGGCCUCGUAUGCGGGAUAUAUGGACGACUCGCUUUCGGUGAACCCGCUGAUAGCGUACUACGGCUCCAACGUCUGCCGCUUGGUAGGUAUUAAGAGCAAGUACGACCCCAGCAAUGUUUUUACCAAUCCGUUGUCCAUCCCGCCAAGGGCGCCACAGGGUAUUUCGUGUUGA